AUGAGAAUCACCGCCUCUCUUUUGCCAGCCUUCCUCGGAAGUGCGAUGGCAGCCUCGAUCCCAUCAACAUCGGGCAGCCACAUAGCGUCCUCGUCCUGCACCUUCAGCGGCUCAACUGGCUUCGACCUCCUCUCCAAAGGACACAGCUCCUGCAAAGAGAUCGUCAUCUCCGACCUCCAAGUACCCGCGGGCAAGACUCUCAACCUAGACAAGCUCAAUCCAGGAACGACAGUCACCUUUGCCGGCAAAACCACGUUCCCUUACCUUUCCUCCGGCUGGGAGGGCCCCCUCCUCUCCAUCUCCUCCUCCUCCAAGCUGACCAUCCGCGGCCUCUCUUCCUCUGUGUUGUACGGCAGCGGCGAAAAGUACUGGGACGGUUUGGGACAAAAGGGACCCAUCAAGAAACCCAAGUUCUUCCAGGUGCACAAUCUUGAGGAUUCCGUGAUCGAGGGUGUCACGAUCCUCAAUGCACCAGUGCAGGUGAUGAGUAUCAACGGAUGCAAGAACUUGACGGUGACAGGAUUCACACUUGACAACAAGGCGGGUGAUGGAGACUGGAAGGCCGGUAAAGGAGGAAGAAACACGGAUGCCUUUGAUAUUGGGUCAUCCAGUAACGUGGUGAUUGACGGCGCGAAGGUGUAUAACCAGGAUGAUUGUGUGGCUAUUAAUUCGGGCACGGAUAUCACUUUCCGCAAUGGUCUUUGCUCGGGUGGCCAUGGUCUGUCUAUUGGUUCCGUGGGCGGUAGAAGCGAUAACACCGUCAAGAAUGUCCUGUUUGAGAACUCAGUGAUUGCGAACUCAGAGAACGGAAGCAUAGAUUCUAACGCUGCGAUUUGCGAUACCUCAGGCGCCCGAAUCAAGACCAAUUACGGAACCACGGGUCUCGUCUCCAACAUCACUUACCGCAAUGUCAAGCUCCAAAACAUCACCAAAUACGGCAUCAUGGUUGACCAGUCCUACGGUUCUUCCUCUAAGAACGCGUCGCCAACUAAUGGUGUGCCUAUCACCGGGUUUACACUUUCCAACGUGACGGGAAAUGUUCUGUCCUCUGGCACUAACAUCUUUAUCAACUGCGGCGAUGGAUCUUGUAAGCAAUUUGGAUGGAACCAAGUUGAUAUCAAGGGUGGGAAGAAGAGCUCCAAGUGCUUGAGAGUUCCGUCGGGCGCGUGGUGUUAG